AUGCUGUCCACCACCACUUUUGAGGGAUCCAACGACCGCACUGACCGCGAAGUGGUUGUUCCAUGGCUUCGAUUUAUGUGGGAGACGUACCGCACGGUACUGGACAUCCUCAAGAGCAACUCGAAGCUUGAGCCGCUGUACAAGACCACCGCUAUGCAAGCGUUCGACUUUUGCGUUGAAUACCAGCGCAAGAUUGAGUUCCGUCGCGUUUGUGAGAUCAUGCGCAACCACCUGAGCGCUUUGCAGAAGCACGUGGCGGCGCCCACGAGCCAAUCGACCCGCCAGAUGCGCAGCUGGGAAGGAUUCACUCUCGAUAGCGUCGAGCGUCUGCUGGAAGUGCGUUAUCGUCAGCUCCAGGUCGCUACCGACCUCGAGCUCUUCUCGGAGGCCUUCCGUACGAUCGAUGACAUCAACAACAUUAUGAACUUGGUGGAGCAGACCCCGCGCGUGGACCUUCUCGUCACGUACUACGAGAAGCUGGCGCAGAUUUUUCAGGUGUCCAAGAAUCACCUCUUCCAUGCCUACGCGCUGUACAAGUGGUACUCGCUGCGUGUGGCUGGUCUGCAGGGCCUCGCUGGCUCCCAGGCUCUACAAGAGCUGCCUGUGCUGGUUUCUGAGGGUGAACAGAAGGAAAUGGCCACACGCCUCCCUCUCUGCUGCUGCUCGUGA